UCGGAACUCGGAAGUCGGAAGUCUCGGAACGUAGUCGUUGAUUCACGUUCCACGUUGAUUGUUGUUAACCGUUGUUGGAUUACUGUUGGAUUGAAUUAUGUAUGUUGUAGCUCAAAGACACAUUCCUUUAAAUCAUUAAAUGCAGUGUUAAAUCACGCCAAAGUUUUUAUCAAGUUACGAUAUGAAUUCAAGUACAGUUUCAAAGCCUUCAGUUGCACCAUCCGUGCAGGAAUUUAGUAUUCGAGUACCAAAAAAUAGCAAGAAGAAACACAAUGUCAUGAGAUUCAAUGCAACAUUGAAUGUAGACUUUUCAAAGUGGACCCAGGUGAAAAUGGAACGAGAGAACAAUAUGAAAGAAUACAAGGGUAUAGAAGAAGAAAUGCCAAAGUUCGGUGCUGGGUCCGAAUUUGGACGUGAUGCCAGAGAGGAAGCCAGGAGAAAGAAGUAUGGCAUUACCAGUAGGAAGUAUAAACCGGAGGAUCAGCCAUGGAUUUUGAAAUCUGGUGGAAAAACUGGAAAGAAGUUCAAAGGCAUUCGCGAGGGAGGAGUCAGUGAAAAUGCUGCAUAUUACGUCUUCACGCAUGCUGCCGAUGGUGCCAUAGAGGCCUUUCCUUUGCACGAAUGGUAUAACUUUCAGCCGAUCCAGAGGUACAAGGCUCUCAGUGCUGAGGAAGCAGAGCAGGAAUUCAGUCGUAGAAAUAAGGUAAUGAAUUAUUUUUCGCUGAUGUUACGCAAGAGAUUGAGGAAUGACGAGGACGGUGGAGACGAGGAGGAAUUGGUGGAAGGUGGUAAAGGCAAGAGACCGGGUAAGAAAGAGAAGGAAUUGAAAAUAUCCGAGAUGGACGAAUGGAUGGACAGCGACGAUGAUGAGUCAGACAGCGAUGAAGAUGAGAAUAAGAAAGCCUCUGAGGAUGAGGAUGAUGGAAAAAAGAAAAAGAAAGAUAAAGCUCAACUGCAAAAGAAAAAGAAGAAGAAAAAUGUCUCAGACGAUGAAGCGUUCGAGGAGAGCGACGACGGCGAUGAAGAAGGAAGGGAAUGUGAUUAUAUUUCCGAUUCCUCUGAUUCUGAAUCAGAUGACCAGCAGAAGUCUGUUGCAGAAGAGGAUGCGUUAAGAAAAUUGCUCGCGUCUGACGAAGACGAAGACGAUGAGGAACAAACAGAUAAGAAGGACGGUGAAGAAGAUAAGGAUGAAGACGAUGAAGGAAAGGAAAAGGAUGAUAAAGACAAAGACAAGCUUGGUAAAGAAAUGGACAAGAGGAAAGACAAAAAGAAGAAGAAGAAAGCCAAGAAAAAGGAUCAGAAGAAGUCAGCGUCAGGAAAGGAUUCCUCUAGCGAUUUCUCCAGCGACUCAGAAUCAGAUUCGGAUACAGCGCUAAAAGAGAAAGAUAACAAGAAACCUAACAGUGCACAUAGCUCGAGAUGUUCCACGCCAACACCUGCAGCGUCCGGUGUCUCGGAUUCUCUUAAGAGAAAGCAAUCUGGAUCUCCAGACUUGUCGCAAGCGAAAAAAUUAAAACUCGAUAACUUCAAUCUAGUUCCAGUAACGUCGUAUAUACCGGGAGCAAACGAAUCGGGAAUUACGGAGGAAGCAGUGAGGCGGUAUUUAGUACGUAAGCCGAUGACAACGACCGAGUUGCUGCAGAAAUUCAAAUCCAAGAAGACCGGUCUCACAUCCGAGCAACUUGUCAACAUUAUGACUCAAAUACUGAAAAAGAUCAAUCCUACCAAGCAGACCAUCAAGAACAAAAUGUAUCUAUCAAUCAAAACGCAAUCCAACUGAUUUCAGUACGCAUACGAGGCAUUGAAUUUACGAUUGUUAUGAGAUUGUUAUGAGAACACAUGUACAGUGUUUGCUCAGUUGCACAAUGCCGUUCUCUGUAAUAACUCCAUGGAGAGAUACCUGUACAUUAAAAUCCUACGAAACUGCA